CCACCUACUUAGCCUCUUCCCAUACUAUAGUCUAGACUAGUCUACCCUCAUAGGCAUUGCCUUUGUAACAUCUGCGGGUCACUAUAGGGGAGGAUCGAUUGUAGAUUGUCGUGCUUUACGAAGACGAACUGAGAAAGUCAGGAAAGUAUCCAUUCCGACCUUGUAUUGGUCGAAACGUGAAGAAGCGACUAUACUAUCUAUAGCGAGGAAAGUCCGGUACAGCAAUGUUUCUGCAAGCUGCUCUUGUCGCAUUGGUGGCGUGCAGUGCGGUGGGAGCGCGGCAUGGCGAUGCUUCUCCAGCAGCAGCAGCAGCAGCAGCAGCAUCUCCUCCUAACAUUGUGUUUAUCCUGACUGACGAUCAGGAUGUCACGCUGGGCGGACUAGAACCCAUGAAGCAGCUGAAGACACUUAUCCGCGAGCAGGGGGUGUUCUUUGACAACGCCUUCGUCCAUACCCCUAUUUGCUGUCCCAGUCGAUCAAGCUACUUGACAGGCAACUACAUUCACAACCACGGCGCGGUCAACAACACUAUUUACGGCAACUGUGCAUCGUACAACUGGCAGAAACACGCCGAGCUGAACACCUAUGCUACUCAUUUGAAGAAGGCCGGCUACACAACGGGUUACGUGGGCAAGUACCUGAACCAGUAUGGAUUCAAGCAGAGUGGCGGACCCGAGCACAUUCCACCAGGCUGGGAUCAUUGGUUUGGACUGGUUGGCAACUCAAAGUACUAUGACUACAACGUCAGCAACAAUGGCGUAUCGGAACACCAUGGCACGGAGUACGCCACGGACUACUUCACCGAUCUCAUCAAGAACAACUCUGUGCAGUUCCUGAAGAAGACGAUAGCGCACUCGCCCUCGUCCCCGUUUCUCCUGGUCUCGGCCACGCCAGCACCUCACGGUCCGUUCACCCCGGCGCCGCAAUACUCGCACGUGUACGACGGCAAGCGGGCACCGCGCACGCCCAACUGGAACUACCACAGCGAGGACAAGCACUGGCUGGUGCGCACAACCUCCACCAUGGAUGACAGGCACAUCAACGGGUCGGACAAGACCUUUGAGCAUCGCUGGGAGACGUUGCUAUCAGUUGAUGACCUGGUUGGGGAGAUCAUGAGUACCCUGGAAGAGGCCAAUGUGCUGGACAACACGUAUGUUAUCUUUGCAAGUGAUCAUGGCUUUCAGCUCGGACAGUUCUGCAUUCCAGGCGACAAGAGACAGCCGUACGAACAUGAUAUUCGCAUACCACUCAUGUUCCGUGGACCGGGCAUUCCCAAGAAUGUCACCCUGCAUCAGAUUGCACUCAACGUCGACAUCGCUCCGACCAUGGUUGCUCUUAGCGGCCAAGAAGCCCCACAAGAGAUGGAUGGUCGCAGUUUGAAGCCGCUGCUGGUUAGUGGCGGACAAGAGGAAGCGACCAUUGCUGGACAACCACCGGUUGCGGAAUGGCGUGACGACUUUCUCAUUGACUACCAUGGAGAAGGGAACCCACCAUGUGGACUGUCGGCGUGCCCUGGCCCGCCGCUGUCUGACUUUCACAUAACUGAUGCCAGCAACAACACGUACACCUGCCUGCGCACACUGAGCACCACUGCCAACACUAUCUACUGUGAGUUCACACUGACUAACUACGUGGAGUACUACGACCUGAGCGAGGAUCCGUGGCAGCUGAAGAACGCGGCAAAGACGGCCAACGCAGCGCUUAUCGCAAAGCAGAAAGCCAGGCUGCAGCAGCUACGCGAAUGUUCUGGCCCAUCCUGCCAUCAAUAGGCAUAUCAAUCUCAGCCAAAGAAGUAGUAUCUUCACCGGUGGUACCUAUGAAAAGAUGAAAAAUUGAAUGGGAAGGGUGGAGUGUGGACGGACAAGACGAACAACCUAGAAAAGUACUACUUGAAAAUUACUAGUGGCUAUGGUAUUGAACAGAAUUUAUAAACGUUUUAUGCGUUAGAGAAAUAUUGUUGUGUACCUUGUGAUAAAUAAUAAUAAUAUGAUGGAACAUUUUUCAUUUUAGUGAA